AUGACAAUCCCUUGUUUUGAACUCAUGGAGUUCUUCAUAGGAAUUAGAAUAGCUAAAUUUUUAGCCAACGAAUUGGGCAUUUCAUUUACAAAACAAAUUAUAUGGUGCGAUUCUCAGUGUUUUCUUACUUGGAUCUCUUCUAAUAAGUUAAUGCCGGUAUUUGCUUCUCACGCAACGAUCACCCCAGCGCAACACCAGCUACUGCAAAAGAUUAUUCAAAACACUAUAGACGCCGAAAUAAAGUUUAAUGAUGUUUGUGUCUCUCGAGAAGUCUUCUGCAAAGCUUCUAAUUCAUACGAGAUACCGCUGUAUCAUGUCGAGCUGCCAGAUAUGAAUAACACCCAAGUAGUAGAAGUUAUGUUUGACGAUUUUGACGUGGAGCUAAGUGGAACUGCAGGAGUCGAGCAACAGUUCGUAAUGGAGGUAACUGUCGAGGCGGCAGAGGCGUUCCCACUUGACUUCACAUUUGUUUACCUGUCAGCAACAACCGACGUAAGGCUCAGCUGUAUGGGGGAACUCAACGCUGAUGAUGAUCUAAAACCUGGUUGUGUUUUUAUGUCUGGAGAUGUGUGGGUCGUCAUUGAAUUUACUACAACCCAUCUUCAAGCGAGGAGGAGCUUAGAAGAAGCUUAUGAGCUUAAAAAAGAAUAA